CUCCACCAUGACCCAUCCAUCUUGGGUGGCCCUACACAUCUUGGGUGGCUCAUAGUUUCAUUGAGUUAGACAAUUCUGUGGUCCAUGUAAUCAGUUUGAUUAGUUUUAUGUUAUUGUGGUUUUCUGAGGAUUCUGUCUUGUCUUCUGAGGGAUAAGGAUAGGAGGCUUAUGGAAGCUUCCUGAUGGGAGAGACUGACUGUGGGGGAGACUGGUUCUUGUUCUGAUGGGCAGGGCCAUGCUCAAUACAUCUAUAAUCCAAUUUUCUGUUGAUGGGCAGGGUUGUGUUCCCUCCCUGUUAUUUGACCUGAGACCAAACCAUGGCGGAGGUAAUGAAGUUAAUGGUGACCUCCUUCAAAAUGUAUUAUGCUAAUAUGUCUCUUAAUGAAAGAGAGAGACUGAUCCACUGGUAAUUUAAUUUGAUUCAGAAGAGAGACAGGGCAUUUCCUUCCAUCAUGCAUUGGCAUGUACUGUUUACAGUCUCACCUGUGUUGGGGCUGGAGAGUGACCAAUGUGACCAGAAAACAGAUAUUAUUUUAACAAUAUUACAUUCUAUUAAUUAUACUAUAAUAUAAUUGUAAUAAAAAUAUGGAUAUUGUUAAAUACGAGCAAAGUGAUUAUGUUUCACCUCUGGUUCUCAUCAAAUUUCCAAACAUCAUUGCUUUGAUCAAAUGAUACAAAUGUGAGUGCUCAGUGUGUUCUGAUCUGAGCCAUUGGUAUUUUGUGAGUAUCUUUGGACUUAAGAUAGUGUACAUUAAUAUUGUCAAAUCAUGAAUAAUGUAAAUAUAUUUGGGAACAUUUUGUAAAGUAUUAGCAUUAGGCUAAAUUGAGAUCAAUGUUCUAACUUUUUUGAUAGGUUGGCUGGUAAAGUAAAUAUGUGAAUUAUGAGAUCAUUCCAUUUAAUUUAAUAUCCACUGAUUUUCAUUUCAAAAGGCAUCAUUCCAAGUAAGAUGGAGAUUGGAAACCACACAAUGGUGACAGAAUUCGUUAUUUUGGGGUUAACGGAGCAUCCUACACUUUGCUCCAUCUUCUUUGUGGUUUUUGUAGGAAUCUAUGUUGCUACCAUAUUGGGCAAUAUCAGCAUUAUCACAUUAAUUCACGGAACCCCUCAGCUUCACACCCCGAUGUAUCUAUUCCUCAGCCAUCUGGCCUUUGUGGACAUUGGUUACUCCUCAUCAGUCACACCUAUUAUGAUUGUGAGUUUCCUAGAAGUAAAGACUACUAUCCCAGUUGCUGGCUGUAUAGCUCAGCUUGGCUCUGAUGUUAUCUUUGGAACAGCUGAGUGCUUCCUUUUGGCUGCCAUGGCCUAUGAUCGCUACGUGGCCAUCUGUUCGCCACUUCUAUACUCUACACACAUGUCUCCCAGGGUCUGCGUCAUCUUACUGAUUGCUUCCUACCUGGGAGGAUGUGUGAAUGCUUCAUCAUUUAUCGGAUGUUUACUGAGCCUGACUUUCUGUGGACCAAAUAAAAUCAACCAUUUCUUCUGUGACCUGCCACCACUAGUGAAGCUCUCUUGUACCCAUGUUUAUGUUGCCGAAAUAUCUCCUGCCAUCUCAGCUGGGUCAAUAAUUGUAAUCACACUGUUUACCAUAAUUGUUUCAUAUCUACACAUCCUCCACUCAAUUCUGAAGAUGCGCUCUACAGAGGGAAGGUCCAAGGCCUUCUCUACUUGCACUUCCCACCUCACUGCAGUCACUUUGUUUUAUGGGACAGUCACAUUUGUUUAUGUCAUACCGAAGUCAAGCUACUCACCUGACCACAUCAAAGUGGUAUCUGUCUUCUACACAGUGGUGAUCCCCAUGUUGAACCCUCUGAUCUACAGUCUGAGGAACAAAGAGGUGAAAGAGGCCAUGAGAAAACUGAUGACUAAAAUACAUCAGUCAUUUUGAAACAAAUGCAAUGUGAAUCCGGAAACUGCAAAAAAAUAAUUUCAAGAACUUUUGAUGGGGACUUCUAUGGUGAUCCAGUGGCUAAGAAUCCACACUACCAGGGCAGGAGGACCUGGUUAGGGAAUGAUCCCACAUGCUGCAACCAAAGAUCCUGCAUGCUGCAAUGAAGAUCAAAGAUCCUGCAUGCUGCAAUUAAGACCCAGCCAAGUAAAUAAAUAAAAAUAAAUAUUAA